CCAAACGCCUACCUUUUUUAUAAAGAAGAAGGGAACAAGGCAUUCCAGAAGAAGGCAUACAAGGCAGCCGCCCUGCUGUACUCUCAGAGGUAGAAAGACCCAGAAGUGAGUCCUGAAUGGGCCAGGCUCCCUGGUGGUGCAAUCUCUAAUGCUGAGAGUCUGCCUUCUGACCAGUCGUUGGGCGUGUAUGUGGAGACAUCCCGAUGAAUUAAAACGGACCCGAUUCCACGGGUGCCAUGGAGGAUGACCGGCUUCAUGGGGUCGGCCCACUAAUUACAGCAGAUGUUACAUAGCGUUUGAAGCUUCCCAAAGUACUUCACAAUUUUGUCAUCCUUCCCAACAGUGCUGUGAGAUUGAUACUGUAGUAUCAUUUACCCCCAUUUUACAGAUGAGAAAGUGGGCUUGGAAAAUGGAACCUCCCAUGCCAGACCCAACACUCAAGAAAUGUCAUUGUGUUUUGCCAAUCGCUCUGCAGCCUUCUUCUAUCAGGCUCAGUAUGAGACUUGUCUGGAAGACAUUGGGAGAGCCCAAAUGCACGGGUACCCAGAAAGAUUGCAGCCCAAAUUGAUGCUGCGCAAGGCCGAGUGCCUCAUGGCCCUGGGCAGGCGACAGGAGGCAGCCCUGGCCAUCUGUGACCUGGAGCAGAACAUGGCAGCUCAGCAGGCCGGCAAGGGCACUCCCCAUCUCCAGGACCUGCAGAGGAGGCUCCGCCAUCUGAAAACAAGGGGGCAGGAGGACAAGGGCCCUGCAGAGGCUUGUCCCACAGGACCACCACCCGCCUCCAAAGAGGUCCAUCUGGAGGCCGAGAACGAGCAGAUUCCCAACGCGACAUCAUCCGUGAGCUUGUGCAGCGACCCUUCCAGAGGCCGCUAUCUGAUCGCCACUGAGGACAUCCUUCCCGGUGAGCUCCUAGUGAAAGAGGAGGCUUUUGUGAGCGUCCUCAAUCCUGGAGAGACACUGUGGCUGCGGCCUGGCCCAGAAGCCAGGCGAGACGGCAGAGCUGCCCCUGGGGACCUCCAUUGUCACCGCUGUUUGAAACCCGCCGUGGCCACAGUUCCCUGUCAGGGAUGCAGCUACGCCAAGUACUGCAGCCAGCAGUGUAUGCAGCUGGCCUGGGAGCGCUAUCACAGGAGGGAGUGUUCCCUGGGUGGGACGCUUCUCACCCUGGGAGUCUUUUGCCACGUGGCUCUAAGGACAGUGCUCCUGGCUGGAUUUCAGCUUGUUGACAAACUCGUAAAGACGCUUCAGGGAGCUGUAAAUUCUGAAGCAGUUUCUGUACCUGAAGGCCAGCCUCCAAUGGAGAAACUGGAUGCCCAGCCCGACCUGGGGGAAAGGGACCAAAGGAGGAGGCUGUCUGGGACACCACUUCCUGGGUGUGACAGGGAUGGCCGUUAUCAAAGUUCUUACAGUGCCGUCUUCCACCUCUUGCCCCACACAGAAAAGCACAGCCCAGAGCACAAGUUCCUCUGUGGCCUAAGUAUCGUGGCCUUGUGCAAGAAGCUGGGAGAAGCCUAUUGGCCUUCCCCGCUGUGGGGUCAGGUGCCCUCCGAGCUGGAGGCAGCCUUGACAACGGAGUGGUCACCAGGGCCCGGCAUCUGGGCAGUGGCCAUGCUGAGGCACGUGCUACAGCUGCAUUGUAAUGCCCAGGGAGUGACUGCCCUCCAGGAGGUCGAAUCUGAAGGGGACCUCGUGACAGAGCACAGGCAGGCCCGCCUUGCCACCGGCUUCUUCCCCGUCAUCAGCCUGCUGAACCACUCAUGCAGCCCCAACACCAGCCUGGCCUUCAGGGGCUCCGUGGGCACGGUCCAGGCAUCACGGCUUAUCGCCCGCGGGCAAGAGAUCCUCCAUUGUUACGGACCUCAUGAGUGCCGCAUGGACGUUGCCACAAGGCAGCAGAAGCUGAGAUCUCAGUAUUUCUUUGACUGCUGCUGCCAGGCUUGUCAGGAUGAGGAGGCGCGUCGGGCCAACACGACACCAAAGCAAGGCGGGUUCCGUUGCCCCACCUGCCAGGCGGCUCUGCAGGGGGACGAUGCUCUGUGCUGCAGCAGUGGGUCCUGCACGGCCGAGGUGAGCAGGCCUCACCUGGUGGGUCGAUUACAAGACCUUCAGCAGCGGGUAGAAGUGGCCCUGGAGCUGCUCAGAGGUGACAAAACAGUGCGAGCCAUCCAGCUUUUGUUGGGGUGCCGGCAGGAGGCAGAGAGCUUCUUAACCUCGGAGCACAUGCUGAUGGGAGAGAUUGAGGACCACCUGGCCCAGGCAUAUGCCAGCCUCGGGGACUGGCCCGAAUCUGCAGCCCACUUGCGAAACAGUCUUAAGGUGGUGGAGGCCCAGCACGGACCAGCCAGUGUGGAGAUGGGCCACGAGCUUGUCAAGUUGGCUCAGGUCCUUUUCAAUGGGUUUGCAGUCACCGAAGCCUUGAGUGUGAUAGAGAAGGCAGAGAAGGUUCUGUCCAUACACUAUGGCCCUGAGAAUGAGCAGGUGCAGGAAUUGCAGCAGAUGAAAGCCUGCUUACUGGAGUUACCAGGCCUCCCUGCGGGGCCCACGGCAUAGGGACAGGCCUCUCAGCGUCUGCAUGUGGCUGACAUACAGUCAGCCUGGCCUAUUGCAAGAGAGUCCCUGGGCACCUUUACACCUCCAGGAAAUGUAAACAAACGUGCCUUCAAAUUGCCGGGGAGCUGCUGCUGGUGAAGAAUGAAGCCCUUAAAACAAUGGGGAAACACGGCCAGAAAGUCACUAAACCAUCUGUACCCUUGGGCCCAGCAGCCCCACUGCUGGCAUCAGUCCCAAGGAGGGUCGUGUACACAAAAUUAUUUUUUUGGUGGCAAAAAACCAGAAAGCCAGUGGGUAUAUGUCAGCUGGAAUGGCAGAGUGAAUUGUGUGUAUGACUGUACACAGUAAGAAAUGACAACCAGGAGGCAUUCCUAGCCGCUUGGGAAGGCUUCUGUGGAGUGAUGCCGAGUGAAGUAAGCCAACCAAGGGAACAGUUUGCCCCGGACCAAUAAUGUAAAAGAAGACCUCAUCGAACGACGUCGGUGACAGGUGCACCUGCCAAGGAUGAGGUCGUGUGGACCUCCCUCCCCUUGGCAGAGAGGUGGGGGACCACAGGCACAGAAUGGGGCAUGCAUCGUUGGAGGAGCCAAUGUAUCGGUUUGUUUACUUCAUUGCACUUCCCUGUUACAAGUUGGGGUAGGUCCAGUAUUGGGAAAUGACUGAGAUUUUUAAAAAGCAUCCAACCUUUCAGAAAAAAAUAAAUGGCUUCAGGGAAAUCCCACUCCUGGUAUGUGAUGUGGGGCAGGGGCAGGGGAGCAGUUACUCCACAAUUACUGCACUGAGAGAUGAGCUUUCAAAGGUUGCCAUCAUUCUGAGUACUGUUCCCUGAAAGGAGAAAAUGUCCUAAACCAAAACCUGACCCCCUCAGAGGACUGAAGACAGAAGUCUAAUGCUGUGUUCCUUUGAAAGGAGCUAGACUUUCCCUAGGAAUCAGUCUGAGCCUCUAGACUCAUGGCCAGGGUCCAACCCACUAAAUUGUGAAGAGUUGGCUUCAGUGGAACACGCCUGCUGUUUCCAGUGGUCACAUGAUGCCGCAUAUGCCCCUAGAGGGGAUUUAACUAAUGGUGAUUGUGUUUAAGAACAAAAACAUGAUUAUAAGAAAACA